GAUAAAGGCUUAUUGUCUCGCGCGAGCGUGCCUAGCAGACGGAUUUCGGGCAGCUGUGGCCGGGAAGAGGAGUUGCAUGUGUCGCUUCAGCUGGCGGGAGCGGAGGCGGCGGGGGCUGUGCGACCGGCUGGGUUUGUGAGAUGGCUACUGACAUUUCUGAAUCCAGCGGUGCGGAUUGCAAAGGUGAUACGAAGAACAGUGCCAAGUUAGAUGCGGACUACCCUCUUCGAGUCCUCUAUUGUGGAGUCUGUUCAUUACCAACAGAGUACUGUGAAUAUAUGCCUGAUGUUGCCAAGUGUAGACAAUGGCUAGAGAAGAACUUUCCAGAUGAGUUUGCAAAGCUUACUGUAGAAAAUUCACCCAAACAAGAAACUGGAAUUAGUGAAGGCCAAGGACCAGUAGGGGAAGAGGAGGAGAAGAAAAAACAAAAAAGAGGUGGAAGAGGUCAAAUAAAACAGAAGAAGAAGACAGUACCGCAGAAGGUCACGAUAGCCAAAAUUCCCAGAGCAAAGAAGAAAUACGUGACGAGAGUAUGUGGCCUUGCAACUUUUGAAAUUGAUCUCAAAGAAGCACAAAGAUUUUUUGCUCAGAAAUUCUCCUGCGGUGCCUCAGUAACAGGGGAGGAUGAGAUCAUCAUUCAGGGAGACUUCACAGAUGACAUCAUUGAUGUCAUUCAGGAAAAGUGGCCAGAGGUAGAUGAUGACAGCAUUGAAGACCUUGGAGAAGUGAAGAAGUGAUUCUGAAGUCAUGUUUCUGACUGUGACCUGAGAGUUGACACGGCCAAACAGAGGAGAGGCCUUUCAGAAAUAUAUACAUAUGUAUAUAUGUGUGUGUAUAUAUCCUACAGUAAAGCUGUAGACUCCUCGUCCUCGGCGUCCUCACUGUUCUGUACACGGCUGCUUGGUUGGUUGCUUGGUCUUUUUUUUUUUUUUUUUUUUUUAAUUGCCAAAGUCGGGGGGGGGGGAGAGAGAGAGAGAGAGAGAGAGAGAGAGAGAGAGAGAGAGAGAGAGAGAGAGAGACUGAGACUCAGACUGUCAUGCUUAUGCAUGAAUCUGAAUUUAGUCAAAUAAAACAUUUUGGUCAUUUGGUA